AUGUUGAACAAGAACAUUCUGCUGUUGGCUCUUCAGAUAAGUCUCCUAGGAACCACUCUUGGUGGGAAUGUUUUGGUUUGGCCAAUGGAAGGUAGUCACUGGCUAAAUGUUAAGAUAAUUAUAGAUGAGCUAAUUAAAAAAGAGCAUAAUGUGACUGUCCUAGUUUCUUCUGGUGCACUUUUCAUCACACCGACCUCUAACACAUCUCUGAUAUUUGAAAUAUAUAAGGUGCCCUUUGGCAAAGAAAGAAUAGAAGGAUUGAUCAAGGACUUUGUUUUGACAUGGAUGGAAAAUAGACCAUCUCCUUUAACCAUUUGGAGAUUCUAUCAGGAGAUGGCCAAAGUCAUCAAGGACUUCCAUAUGGUGGCUAGAGAAGUCUGUGAUGGUGUUCUCAAAAACCAAAAUCUAAUGGAAAAGCUGAAGAAAAGCAAAUUUGAGGUCUUGGUAUCAGAUCCAGUAUUUCCUUGUGGUGAUAUAAUAGCUUUAAAACUGGGAAUUCCAUUUAUAUACUCCUUGAGGUUUUCUCCAGCCUCAACAGUGGAAAAACACUGUGGGAAGGUACCAUACCCUCCUUCCUAUGUUCCUGCUAUUUUAUCAGAACUUACUGACCAGAUGUCUUUCACUGACAGAAUAAGAAAUUUCAUUUCCUACCAUCUACAGGACUACAUGUUUAAUACGCUUUGGAAAUCAUGGGAUUCCUACUAUAGUAAAGCUUUGGGAAGACCCACUACGUUAUGUGAGACUAUGGGGAAAGCGGAAAUUUGGCUAAUCAGGACAUAUUGGGAUUUUGAAUUUCCUCGUCCAUACUUACCUAAUUUUGAGUUUGUAGGAGGAUUGCAUUGUAAACCUGCCAAACCAUUACCUAAGGAAAUGGAAGAAUUUGUCCAAAGUUCAGGCGAAGAUGGUAUUGUGGUGUUUUCUCUGGGGUCAAUGGUCAAAAACCUCACAGAAGAAAAAGCCAAUCUCAUUGCCUCAGCCCUUGCCCAGAUUCCACAGAAGGUUUUAUGGAGAUACAAAGGAAAGAAACCGGCCACGUUAGGAGCCAAUACUCGGCUCUAUGAUUGGAUACCACAGAAUGAUCUUCUUGGUCAUCCCAAAACAAAAGGUUUUAUCACUCACGGUGGAACCAAUGGGAUCUAUGAAGCUAUCUAUCAUGGGGUGCCUAUGGUGGGAGUUCCCAUGUUUGCUGAUCAGCCUGACAACAUUGCUCACAUGAAGGCCAAAGGAGCGGCUGUGGAGGUGAACAUAAACACAAUGACAAGUGCAGAUUUGCUCAACGCCUUGAGAACAGUCAUUAAUGAACCUUCUUAUAAAGAGAAUGCUAUGAGGUUAUCAAGGAUUCACCAUGAUCAGCCUGUAAAGCCCCUGGACCGAGCAGUCUUCUGGAUCGAGUUUGUCAUGCGCCACAAAGGAGCCAAGCACCUGCGGCCAGCUGCCCACGACCUCACCUGGUUCCAGUACCACUCUUUGGAUGUGAUUGGGUUCUUGCUGGCCUGUGUGGCAACUGCUGUAUUCUUGGUCACAAAAUGUUGUUUGUUUUCUUGUCUAAAAUUUGUUAAAACAGGAAAGAAGAAAAAGAGAGAAUAG